UUCCAAUUUCAAAGUUGACAGCGGCAUGUAAAAAUGUCACUACACUAUGCACUCCUUAGAAUCAAGUCCACAUUUUAUAAAAAACAUUUUUUUAAUAACUGUAAAUUUGUACAGUUAUGAUACCAUAUCGAAAUUGCGAAGUAUUCGCUAGUGUCAUAUUUUUUUUCGUAAUCAAAAUUUUCUGUAGCCUUGCAAUCUGGUAUCGCGGUAUGUAUAGGAAACAACCGACGCUAACUAGCAUACCAGAACGAAACGAGAACGAGGAUGAGCAUUUAACUAGCAAAUGGGUGCCGAAGAAGAAACACGAAGUACUUAAAGCUAAGUAUAAAUGUUUGAAGAAAUUGUUCCAAAUAUACGAUGCUAGCGUUAUAGGGAUCCUGCCGGAGUCUUACGGGCCUGAGGGGUACUUAGAGGAGGACAUUAAGUCGACCAAGAAGAGAAAGAAGCGAUCGCAUCGCACGAAAACUGACGCAUGCGCCGGGACGAACGAGGUGUCGAGCGGUGACGUCACGAUGCAUACGGACACCGACAAGGAGUCGAUAGCUACGUCCGUGAUCAGAGACCUCAAGAUUACUAAAUGUUCCUGCACGUCGACGCAGAUGGAGUCCAUACAACCGAAAGACAGCAAGUACGCGGCCACCCAGGAAUCUAAGGAGAACAUGACUUUGGAGAGAGCUAUCACCAUCCCGAACAUUCCAGAACGCGAUUGCCUUGAACGGCACGAACGGCACGAACGCCUCGAACGCUUGGAUUGUCAGGAGUGCGAAUUUACCCAGACCAGCGACCCCCACCCUCACCCCUUACCUCACCCGAUCCCAUACCUCAUGAUGAGCGAGAAACGCAAGCUCACGAGGUUCCAAUGUUUCAUCCACCGUAUUUUCGGUAUUCGGCAAGAGAGACCGUAUAAAAACUAUGUGUUGCCAAACGGUCAUGUGUAUGCCGCUAGCGAUAACAAUAUUUCCCAUAAUUUCUGCGAUAAAAGACGUCGCCGUGGCUUAAGGUUCCGAAGGCUGCGACGUCCGAAGAAGAUUCAGUCGGAGAUCGCUCUCAGAGAUGUCAAGAGUCCGUUCAUCCUGACUUAUGUGCAGUCUGUACAGAGGAACUGCUUGAUGGACACCACGCCGCGUCAGUGUCCGAUUUUGGGCUGUCGUAUGAUGUCUUAUGGAAUAAUCAACUACAACGACCACCUCAACCUCUGCCACUUCACUGACAGAAAAUACAUCUGUCACUACUGCCAUGAAGGCUUCGAGAGGGAAUACGACAAGUACAUCCACGAGAACGAACACAUCGGCAUCUCCAAACUUGGAGAUAUUGGCAUCUCCAAACUUGGAGACAUUGCUAUCUCCAAACUAGCCAGCGCCAACAUCUCCACUCCAUCCGCAACGCGACUGACCUUCAAGAAAGCCAGCAACACCCAAACCGAUCCAGAAAUGACCAAAUGUGACGUACCAGAAGAUAAAUUGAAGAAGAUCGUGUCAUUUUUCGACAAGAUAUCAGAUCCGGACCAAAUUUUGACGGAAAUCAAGAAGAGUAGAUUCUCUGAAUCGAAUUUGCAGCAGUCUAAAACGGCGACGCUUGAGACUACAGAGGAGUCUGACUCGUCAGACAAGCGGACCGUGAGCUGCGUCAAUCUGCAUCGCAAGAUGGUGAAGUCCAAGAGUGCUUCGUCUGCCGAUACUGAGGUGACUUCGAAACUCCAGUACAGCUCGCCUGUAGCUUGUCAUAUUUGUGGAGAACAUUUCAAUUACAGACGGCAGUUAAGUUUGCACGUCGAUCUAGAGCACCGCGUCCACGACAAAUUUUCAAAAUUCCACAGCUGCGCAGGCAUCCUAAAUCGUAGAUCUCUGAAUAGAGUCGACAUGGUUUCUGAAGAUGGGAAGAUCCAAGUUCAAAGCCUGGAUAGGACUCAUUCAGGAGUCCACAGGUCUAAUUCUGAAGUUAGUCAGGAUACUUAUUCGGAGGUGUCUCACAGGAGGUCGGAGGAGAGUCUCAGUUGUGACCCCUCAACCAAUAUUGUGUACUAUACGUCAAGGGAAACAGUGAAGAAACCGUCUGUGGUGAACAGCUUUGUGAAGAAAGUUCGAAGUGGGUUCAAUAGCUACAAGUGGGAGCCGGGAACUAAAAUUAUUCGUGUGUAGUCCGCGUGUGUUGUGAAGUGGCAUUUGUGUUUUGUUACAAAUAUAGUGAAAAGUCCA